UUGUACAUCGCACAAUGGACGUCCUGUUUCUGAUUAUAUCUGCUAUUAGCGCUGUUUUAGCUUGUAAAAUAAUAAUAAGUGUGUAUAGUUAUUACAUUAUACGGAAAAAACUCAACCGCAUUCCUGGACCUACUGCUCUUCCUAUUAUUGGAACACUUGAAACACGAAAACUUAAAGGGGAAGAACGUAUAAAAUGGUUAUUAACAAUUCUAAAUAGAUAUAAAGAUGGAAUUGCAAUACAUUGGACAGGAUGUACGCCGGCAGUUUGUCUAUACGAUCCAAAUUUAAUACAAGUUGUUCUUUCAAGUACUAUACAUAUUAAUAAGCCAUAUCACAUGAUGAUUCUAAGUGAGUGGUUAGGCGAUGGACUUGUUACGGCCGUAGGUAAAUAAAACAGAUAUAGAAAACAUGUUAUAAUAUGUAUAAAUAUAUGUUUUCAUUGAUAAGUGACAAAAGCAUAAGAAACUCACGCACACACUUUCUCUCUCUUUCUCUUUCUCUCUCUCUUUUCCU